AUGACAAGCCCCAAAAAAGAAAAGGAAAGCAGGUCCCCUGCACAAGAGUUGAACGAUGCCCUGGCUGUGCUACCCGAAGAUGAAGCUACGACUCUGGCAAUGAAACUCCAGAGAACGGUGGCCCCAUAUAGAGCAGCCAUCGAAAAUUGGGGUGACAUCCUGGCAGUCCUUGUGGCACAUACUGGGCGGAAGGGGGCAAUCCACUGUGGAGACCGCUUGGUUGAGCAGGAGCAGUGGGUGAGAACAUGGUUCAACAGACUAGUGAAAUCGAAAGUGGAAAACAGCAACAAUGCAGGUGAAAGGGCCUCAUCGUCACACCAGGCCGCUCCUAUGUUGCUGGAAACCACCCCGGGAGAAGAACCACUUGAAGACCAAGAGGAACGACUGCUCGAAACCCAAAAGGAGGCGGACGAAGAGCUCUAUGCAUGGCACCAGAGGGAGCUGGCGCAGGAGGCACAACGUGCAGACAGAGCAGCACUUCAGGCACACUUGGGUUGGAGCGAGAGGCCGCCGUCUAAGCGUGUCAGAGUCACGGUCGAGAUGAAAACAAGGACGGGGAGCAGAUAUUCAGAAAUGGAGAUUGCCGAAGGUGACCACAUCAACAUCCAGCUCGGGGUCAGUGUGGUGGACCAUGGCAGAGAGUUCCUCCACCGAGGGAGACCAACGGACCCAACCACGGCGAUGGAGGACCUGCGGAAGGAAGAAGACAGAAUUGCUGCAGGACGACCAGAAACCCGCCCCUCUGAACCAGGGGUCAUGUUCUCCACGAACAGCGCGGACAUCAAACCGUGGUAUGAUGCGUGGAGGGCGGGGAGAAUAUCGUUCCAGGAACUGGUCAGCAAAACCAACAGGGAGAUCGCUGGCUUCAUCGUGGAGGCCUCGGAGGUUGCGGACCUGGACCUGGACACGGCGCCAGAUGUGUCAACGGAGUAUAGAGAGGCUUGGCAGAAAGGCCGUCCAGUCGGCGAGCUCCUGUCACUCCGGAGUUGCCAGCAGGACUUUGAAAGAUGGAGCACGGGCGACCUCAUGGAAGCAGAUGUUGUUGACAAGUGGGGCGGAGAUGUACUGAGGACCUUCCGAGCCUGGGCGGCCCUAGGACGGUCAGUUGAAACAAGUGCGGAUCCAGCUCACCAUGGUCCAGACAAAGACGGUGCAGGACACACACUACCAGAUGAAGAGGAAACCUUACCAUACAACAUGAGUGAGGUGGAGGAACGUGAGAGCCGACGCCGUGUCCAGCAUAGAAGACGAGGGCGGCAGCGUGUAGGAACCUCAAGCGAGGCAAGCUAA